GUUUCACAUUCGUCGGCGAAACCGGAAGAACGCAGCGGAGAAUUUUUUGACCAGCGCCAUGGCGGAUUCCACCUCCCUUCCUUCCUCUUUCUUCCUUGCCUUCCAAGUUAGGAUCCAUCCCGACUAGUGCCGGCUUGUCUACCCCUCUGACCCAUGAUUUUUAGAACCCGGGGAUCAAAUCGUGGCUUCGUGGUACUUUCUUGCACGCGUCUGCCUCCAUUAAAGCGCUUCUUUUGCCGCAGUUCUUAUUGCAAGGAGUAGGUGCAAUCAUACAGCACAAGAGAGUGGGAGGAGCUUUGAGUUACGAGUUCCGAUUUGGAGGUAACCAAAUGGUUGAGGAGUAGGGUUUUGAAAGGGAGCAGUAGCUUUGAUCUUCGGGAAAAUUUCGAAUUUUGGGAAGUUUGUGGUAACUUGCGCGAAAAGAUUUCAUUUUUUAAAGCUUCUGCCACCUUUUGUGUGAUUGUCUUGUUUUAGGGAAAAGGAGUCGAUCUUAUUGGAUUAGUCUGAGGAAGACGAAAGGUUGGAUCUUUGUUGAAAUCUCUGUAAAAUCCGAUGGGUAAUUGUUGCGCCACCCCCGCCGUUUUGGACAGCACUAGCGAGGUUCAGAGAAAGAAGCCGAACCCCUACGCGAUCAAUCCCAACCGAGAAUCCCAACACAGGCCCGGCCUCGAAGUCCUCAAGCACCCCACCGGCCGCGACAUCAAGAGCCGGUACGACCUCGGCCGAGAGCUUGGUCGUGGGGAGUUCGGCGUGACAUACCUAUGCACAGACAGGCAGACAGGGGAGCAUUUCGCUUGCAAGUCCAUCUCCAAGAAGAAGCUGCGGACUGCGAUCGAUAUCGAGGACGUGCGGAGGGAGGUCGAGAUCAUGAAGCAUUUGCAGGAGCACCCCAAUAUAGUGAAGCUCAAGGAUACCUAUGAGGAUUCCAAUGCCGUGCACAUCGUCAUGGAGCUCUGUGAAGGAGGCGAAUUGUUUGAUCGGAUUGUUGCGAAGGGCCACUUCACCGAGCGGGCUGCUGCCAUGGUCAUCAAAACUAUUAUAGAAGUGGUUCAGAAUUGCCACAAGCAAGGAGUGAUUCACCGAGACCUCAAGCCUGAGAAUUUCUUGUUUGGAAACAAAAAGGAAAAUGCCCCUUUAAAAGCAAUUGAUUUCGGGUUGUCUAUAUUUUUUAGUCCAGGUCAAUGCUUCAACGAGAUAGUUGGCAGUCCUUACUACAUGGCCCCGGAGGUCUUAAAACGGAAUUAUGGCCCGGAAAUUGAUGUCUGGAGUGCAGGAGUGAUACUUUACAUUUUGCUUUGUGGUGUACCACCAUUUUGGGCAGAAACGGAACAAGGCAUUGCACAGGCAAUCAUUCGCAGUGCCAUUGAUUUUAAAAGAGAACCAUGGCCUAAGGUUUCUGCUAAUGCUAAAGACCUUGUGAGGCGGAUGCUUGACCCAAAUCCUAAGACACGUUUGACAGCUCAACAAGUGCUUGAUCAUCCUUGGCUGCAGAAUGCCAAUAAGGCACCCAAUGUAAAUCUUGGUGAAACUGUUCGAGCAAGACUCCAGCAAUUUUCAGUGAUGAAUAAAUUUAAAAAGAAAGCUCUUAGGGUGAUAGCUGAACACUUGUCUGUGGAGGAGAUUGCCGACAUAAAGGAAAUGUUUGAGAAUAUGGAUAUCAACAAAAAAGGGCAGAUAAAUUUUGAUGAGUUAAAGUAUGGUUUGCGCAAGCUUGGACACCAGGUUGCUGAUUCAGAUGUCAAAGCAUUAUUGGAAGCAGCUGAUACUGAUGGAAAUGGUUUCCUGGACUACGGAGAGUUUGUUGCCGUCUCCAUUCACCUCAGAAAGAUUGGAAAUGAUGAGCACCUGCAGAGAGCUUUUGGAUACUUUGAUAAAAAUAAGAGUGGAUACAUUGAAAUUGAAGAGCUCAAAAGUUGCUUGUCGGAUGACUUAGGUUUGAACCACGAAGAAGUCAUCAACGCCAUUAUUCGCGAUGUAGACACAGACAAGGAUGGGAAAAUAAGCUACGAAGAGUUUGCCGCAAUGAUGAAGGCAGGUACAGAUUGGAGGAAAGCUUCACGGCAGUACUCAAGGGAGAGGUUCAACAGCCUAAGUGCAAAACUGAUGAGAGAUGGGUCUUUUCUUCUAAAAAGUGAGAAGUGAAUGGGCCUAAUCUCUGCACUUCCAAGUUUCAAAUCCUUUAGUUUGUUUUAUGAUAUUAGUCUUCCUAUUUGCUUCAGUCUGAUUCAGAAUUCUUUGGUUUCAUGUGAUUGUAAAUAUUUGCCACUUGUAAUGUGGUGCGCAAAAACGAUGCUGCAUUUUCACAAGUUUAGAGUGAGAAGAGAUAGAACUGGUAACCUCAUUACAAAGUACAACUUGAAUAGUAUGAUUUACAGGGUUUUUUUUUCGUUAGUAUUUCUACAAAGUGUAACUUGAAUCUUUGUAUUCAUAGAUUUGUUCCAUUAGUAUUUCUAA